CCACCAUUUUAUAAUUAUUUUUUAUCUGAAAAGUUCACUUGAAAAAGAGUUACUAAAUAUUAUAUAAUGGUUUGUCACCAUACACUCACAGAAACACAUACUUCCUCAUUUGCAGAUUUUGCCAUUCACAAGUUUUCAUUGUCUCUCUCUCUAAACUCUUAGAAAAAGACAUAACUUUCUGGUACAUGUAAUCCUUAUCGAAUCACACUGAUUUUCAUUCCACUCAGAGUUCAUAAGCCUUUAAUUUCUGUGUUUUUCAUACUAUGUAAGUUAAGAUUAACUAAUAGUCUUUGCUUAUGUAAUUUUCUGAGUUUUCUCAUCUUCUUGUCUCUAAGUCAUGUAAUUUGUUGUUUCAAUCUUGGGUUAGAUUCAGUUUUCUAGGUAUUUUCUUUAGUUUGUCUUCAGCCCGUUUUAAGAAUGCCCAUGUUCUCACUUCUCUGACUUCUCCUUUUAAAUCAUCAAUAACGUUUCAUUGAUCAUGGGUUCUCGCUAAUUCAAGCACUGAUUAAAAAAAAGAGAUUUUGCAUCAUGGGGUUUCGUUAAUUACUUGGUUUUUUGUUUUUGAGGUUUAAAGCUUUAAUCUUUGAAGUACUACUGGGAGUUUAGAUAAACCAUGUAAGCUAAUUUCUUUUUUCUCGAUGCAUUUCUUUUUCUGUUUCUCCAGAGGAAUUAAUGAAUAGCAGUACAUCAAGUUUUCAUUGUUGAAAAGAAAAGACAAAGGGGUCUGAAAUUUGGCGAAAUCAUUCGUUAAUUGAGUUAGACAAAAAAUGAUGAUGAGUUUUGCUCGUUAGCAUUUUUGGUUUUGUAUUUACAAAUGGAAUUCAAGUAAGAAAAUCAGAUUAUGUUCCCUCAAUUGUUUGUUUAUAAGACAAGCCUAACUUAUCAUAUACACAAAUAUACAUAUAUAGACAAUUCUUUCAUUCUUUUUCUCAAUAAGAUGUAAUAAUACAUAAUUGUAUAGUGCAGUUCAUGGACCAAUUCAAGGGGGUCUAUGUUAUAGCAACAAUAAUGAAUUCCUAUGCUUCAAAAAUAAACAAUCAACUCCUGUUUGUUUGCCCGCAAUAUCUCAAUUUAGGUUCAUCCUAGUUUAAGUGUCAGUAUUAGCCUCUCGAGUUCAAUAUAGUUAGCUUUUGAUUUUGGUGUAUUGAGUCUAGUCCAUUUGGUGUCGUCUGUCGGUCUUGGUUAGUAGUUGUGAAAAUAAGAAAAAGAAAGGAACUGGAAAGUUCGCCAGUUGAUUGAAUUAUGGAAGAAACGUUUGUGCCUCUGCGUGGGAUCAGGAAUGACAUCAGAGGUAGACUGUUGUGCUACAAAGAAGACUGGACUAGUGGUUUCAAAGUUGGUCUCAGGAUCCUCGCUCCUACGACGUACAUAUUCUUUGCUUCAGCAAUCCCAGUUAUAUCUUUUGGAGAGCAAUUGGAGAGAAAUACAAAUGGUUCAAUAACUGCCGUACAAACACUUGCUUCAACUGCUGUAUGUGGAAUCAUACACUCAAUUAUUGGAGGCCAGCCACUGCUUAUACUUGGUGUUGCGGAGCCGACGGUGCUGAUGUAUACUUUCAUGUUUGACUUUGCAAAGGAUAGAAAGGACUUGGGGGAGAAUCUCUUCUUACCAUGGACUGGAUGGGUUUGUGUAUGGACUGCAGUCCUUCUGUUUUUGCUAGCUGUGUUGGGUGCAUGUUCCAUUAUCAACAGGUUUACCCGUGUUGCUGGCGAACUAUUUGGCCUUCUCAUUGCAAUGCUUUUCAUGCAGCAGGCUAUUCGGGGAGUUGUGGAUGAGUUUCGUGUACCUCAGAGGGAAGACCCUAAGCAAGAAGCUUUUCUACCCUCGUGGAGAUUCGGAAAUGGAAUGUUUGCUUUGGUUCUGUCCUUUGGCCUUCUUCUUACUGCACUAGGAAGCCGCAAAGCUAGAUCGUGGCGCUACGGAUCUGGUAUGCUACGGGGAUUGAUUGCAGAUUAUGGUGUACCACUAAUGGUGCUUAUAUGGACUGGUGUUUCCUAUAUACCGGUAGAUAGUGUUCCUAGAGGGAUCCCAAGGCGCCUCUUCAGCCCAAAUCCAUGGUCUCCUGGUGCUUACACGAACUGGACUGUUUUAAAGGAAAUGUUGAAUGUGCCACUGAUAUAUAUCGGUGGAGCAUUUGUCCCAGCCACUAUGAUAGCAGUUCUCUACUACUUUGAUCAUAGUGUUGCAUCUCAGCUUGCGCAGCAAAAGGAGUUCAGUCUUAAGAAGCCACCUUCUUUCCACUAUGACCUUCUUCUUUUAGGUUUCAUGGUCAUAUUAUGUGGCCUUCUAGGUAUUCCUCCUUCCAAUGGUGUUAUCCCACAAUCUCCAAUGCAUACUAAAAGCUUGGCUACUUUGAAGCAUCAGAUUAUGCGCAAUAAGCUUGUAAGGACAGCUCGCACAAGUAUUAGUAAAAACGCAAGCUUGGCUCAGUUGUAUAGUACAAUGCAAGAAGCGUACAAUGAGAUCCAGACUCCAUUAGUCUAUCAACAUCCACCAGGACUGGGACUGAAAGAAUUAAAAGAGUCGACGAUUCAAUUGGCUUCACGUACUGGCUAUAUAGAUGCACCUGUUGAUCCGACUGUGUUUGAUAUUGAGAAAGACAUCGAUGAUUUGUUACCUGUCGAAGUCAAAGAACAGCGAGUCAGCAAUUUGCUUCAGUCACUGAUGGUUGGUUGCUGUGUUGCCGCUAUGCCUCUUCUGAAGAAAAUCCCAACUUCUGUUCUCUGGGGAUACUUUGCCUUCAUGGCCAUUGAAAGCUUGGCAGGAAAUCAAUGUUGGGAGAGAAUAUUGCUUCUUUUUACUGCCCCAAGUCGAAGAUGCAAAGUUUUGACGGAGUAUCAUGCAACAUUUAUAGAGAGAGUGCCCUUCAGAUCCAUUGCUACCUUCACCAUAUUCCAGACCGUUUACUUACUUCUUUGUUUUGGGAUUACUUGGAUACCACUCGCUGGGGUCCUUUUCCCAUUAUUGAUCAUGCUUCUAGUCCCUGUUAGACAAUACAUCCUCCCCAACUUUUUCAAAGCAGCUCAUCUCCAAGACUUGGAUGCUGCCGAAUAUGAGGAAUCCCCCAUCAUGACAUCAUCAUUAGAUGAUCAAGAUCUGCAAAGGGUUGCCCAUAUGGAUGAUGGGGAAAUUCUGGAUGAUAUUCUCACAAGAAGCAGAGGUGAGAUCCGACAUACAUACAGUCCAAAAGUUACGAGUACAAAUUCUACUCUGCAAAAUGAUACUAGACCCACAACUGGCCAGCAGGUGUCACAGAGAGUGUUUAAUCGUAGCACAAGCGAACUUAGAGGGGAGUGGAGUCCGCGCUUACAAAGAAAUGGGUCUGAAGUAAAGCAGACUCCUAGUCCACGUCCUCCAAUUCCAGGACAAACAUCUUUUGGUUCCAUUCCACAUUAAAAAAAAACAAAGAAAACAGUUCCAUGUUAUGCUGUUUGUAAUUCUCGAGAGGUUUUUGUGCCCAAGUCUAUUGUAAUUCGAGUUUCAUCUUGACGUACGAUCUUUAUAUAGGUUUUAUGUUUAUAUAGUGUGGUCAGUUUAGGUAACUUAGGUUCGUCGUAAUGUACCCUUCUGAUCUCCCUAAAUAAGACGGGCAGAGGAACAAAACUAUGUUAUUCACAUUUAGUAAUGAAUGAAAGAAGUUUCAGUUUUAUAAA